UUUAGAUUCAAUUUCAAUUAACUAGUAUCACUAUUCUCAAAAAAACGAACAUCAUCAUUUUUAUUUAAAUUGCAUUUCAAUUCAUAUUUAUAUAAUAUAAUAUAAUGGGCAGAUUUAAUUUGAAGAAAAAUCCUUCUAGACAUGAGCAAUACCUUUCAGCAUCAAUUCCAUAUUAUAAUUCCGAAAACAAUUCAAAAGAACAUGACGAUAGCUUUUAUUUAAGUGUGCCUGCAUUAAAUCAUUUUUCUGAUUCAUCUGUGAAUGAUUCAUUUAAUUCUUCAAGUUUUUCUCCUUCACCUCUGCCUUCACCGUCUCCGAUUAAGAGUUUCUUACCAGUGUUAAAAGAUCAGAAUCAGAAUCAGAAUCAGAAUCGGAAUCAGAAUAUAAUUUAUUCUCUGAGGUCUCCUCUAGUUGAAGAAUUUAUUGAGAAAGAUAGUCAGGUUGAUUUUAAUUUUGAAAAAUCUUUAAAUUUUUCAAAAGAUAAUGAUUUAACUAACGGUUUAAAUGCUCAGGAUCAAAACAAAAGAGAACAAGCUCAAGAAAAUAGUGAUAGUUUAAAAAAAUAUUUAGAGGAUAUUUCUCUUGAUAUAUUGAAUGAUACAUUAAAGAAUAACUACAAUAAUUCUACAAACAAGAGGUCUAAAAAAUUCUAUUUAAAAUCAUCAUUAAAAGCAUCAAAUUUUAGUUAUUCUAACACUAAUAAAGAUCUGUCAUCUCCCCCAAACCACUCUUUUAAAAACAGUAAUAAUAAUGAUAAUAUUGAUAAUAUUGAUAAUAUUGAUAAUAUUGAUAAUAUUGAUAAUAUUGAUAAUAUUGAUAAUAUUGAUAAUAUAAAUAACAUAGGUAAUAUAAAUAAUAUGGAUAAUAUUAAUAACAAUAGUAACGGUAAUGUUACCUCGUCAGUUCAAUUUUUACUUCCCUUGACAUAUUUUAAUGAUAACUCGAAAAAGAAAUCUAGAAAUUUGUCACCAAUUUUCCAAGAUCAAGUAAAAGAAGGAAAAACUUCAAUUAAAGUGGAUACAGGGAGAGGAAGAACUGAAUAUACAAUUGAUGAUGACGCUUCAGUUAAACAAAACUUCAAUAAUAUUGACUCGAAUUUAUGUAAUGAUGAUUUGAGAAGCAGCAUUAAUUCAUAUGAAAAGGCUUUAAAGAAAAAAUCACCAUCAACGUCCCCAAUUAAUUCCAAUCAUUCAUAUCAUUCCAGUCAUUUAUAUCAUUCAUAUCAUUCAAAUAAUUCAUCAUUUUCUUCAAUUAAUUCAGCAUUUUCAAAUCGUUCAACACAUUCAAACUAUUCAACAUAUUCCUUACAAAACUCCUUUAAAAAAAAAAAAAAACUGCUUAUUCUGGCAGGAGAAAAAUCAAACAAUUACUCCAUUUUAAUACCUGAGGAAAUCAAUUUACCACCCAAGAUUAGCCAUCUCCCUAUUUCUUAUAACAUUGGAAAAAUCAAAAAAGGGAAAAGUUUGAUAUUCAGAGAAGGCAGAUACAAAUCACUUGAGGAGAUCAACUGGAGAAGUAGCAUAGACUUUGUUGGAAAUAAUAGUUAUGACAACAUUUUUGGAGCGACUGACAGCCCCAUCCAGAACAUGUUGAGUUUUCUAGGGAAAGGAGCCAUUUCAAACUGCUCAGAGGAGACACUUCAAAAGAGCAAUGAACAGCAAGCACCAGCAGCAGCAGCAGCAUCACCACUAGCAACGCUUGAAAGCCAGCCAACUGCAAAUGAGGCAGGAAAGGAUGAGAACAAUAGCAAGAAAAAUGGUAGAGGCAGAGUCAGCAACAGUGUGUCUCUCAAUGCGUCCCCAAGCACAGCCGGCGUUCAGUUGGAAAGUGUGCCCGGCCUUGCACACACCUGCAGAUUCCCCAUUAGGCAAAAGCAAAACUUCUCCCUCAGACAACAACAACAUUCCACUGCCCUCGACCUUCUCUGUGACAGUGUUUCACCCUGCCCGAACCCAGGCCUGGUUGGGUCUGAAAAGUUUGGUAGCUCUGAUUUAUAUAUAAACCCUAACAAUGCUUCUUCCUUUUCUUCCAUCAACAGCUUCGACCACUUUUGUUUUGAGCAGUCUCCAGCGUUUGAAUCUGAGCCCUCCCUGGAAUACAACAGUUGUGGCAGCAUUGCCAGUCCAGAUCGUUCAGAAAAGGAAAUGUUUAAGAAGAACAAAAAUACCCCAAAUCAAUUGUCGGAAAGCGUCAAUAUUCCGAUUCCAUUACCUCACCAAAUUGAUGAAUUUGGUACAAAUAUCCUAUUUGGUGCCUCUACACCUAGGGGAAGACUCAUGAACAACCAUAAAUCGAAUAUUCCACCUAGAAAUCCAUCUCCUCAGAAACAAAACUUGGUGGGAGCAAACCAACAUCCGGGAGCACAGCUUUCUAGCUCUUAUACAUUUUCCAAUAAUGGUAACAACAAUAUCCACCCAAAUACUCUUAAGCAGCCUUUCUCGCCUCAGAUGAAUCAAAAACCAGGAAAUUUCAUAAAUAGCCAGAAUCUCAACUCUUCUUAUCAGUUGAGAUCUCAAUCGCCUCGAAGAUUAAACCAAUCACCUCUAAGAUUUCCACAAGUCAAUCAAAAUCAGAAUCAAAGAGCUCCAUCGCCUCAGAGAGUAAAUCAACAACCCGUACAACCUAAUCAAAGAAUCCAAGCACCUCAAAGGGUUAAUCAGUCACCUCAAAGAGUUCCGCAAAUAAACCAAAAUCCACCAUCUCCUCAUCGAAUUCCUCAAACUUACCAAAGACCUCAAUCACCUCAAAGACUAAAUCAAAUAUCUCAAACAAUGUUCCAAUCCCCUCAAAGACUACAAUCACCUCAACAAGCUCAGUCACCUCAACGAGCUCAGUCACCACAAAGACCCCAAUCGCUUCAACGACCCCAAUCACCUCAAAGAAUAAGUCAGUCGUUUAAUCUGGUUCAUCAAUCGCCUCAAAGAACACUGCCUCAAAAAAUUCAAAACAUGCGACCAAAUCCAUCUACCCAGAUAUCUUAUCUAUCUAAAGGUAACUUGGAGAAUGGGGCCGGUUUACCUUUAAUUCCUUCAAUUAAUAAUAAUAGAACUAACAACUCUAAUAAUAAUUUCAAUGGUAAAAAUCAAAGUCAAAUCAGCGCAAAUUCAGGUACAUAUCCUGUUAAUAAUUCAAACAAGCAGUUUAAUUCUAUAUACAAGAAUGUUUCACAAGGUCAAAGCGGGGUUGUGUCUAAUUUUUCGUCUUCAUCAACAAGUAAUGUUCCGAAUCGAAAUGAUAAUAAUAAUAAACAUUUAGGAAAGAACCAAUAUUUGAAUGAAGUGUCAUCAUUAUUCAAGAAAUUAGAGCAAUCCAGAAAUACUAAUAUUAAUACUAAUAAUACUAAUAAUAGUAUGAAUAGUAGGAAUAGUAGUAAAGAUGCUGAAAGCAAUAAAAAUAAAAAUAAAAAUGUAAAUGCAAAUGCAAAUGAAAAUAAAAUUAAUAGUAAACCAAUUAUUGAAAAAUCAGUUGAUAAUAAUGAAUUAUCAUUGUUAUCAGAAGGAAAUUCUACGAUGAUUGGAUCUGCCCCAGUUCCUCCCAAGCAUAGGGUUGGGAAUAAGAGUGGAAAGCAUACUGGAAAUAAGAAUGAAUUUGAAAAUGACAGUAAUUUAUCAAUUUCGUCAAAAGGAACAUCCAUUGGGUCAGGUAGAUCACUUGGAAGUUCGCAAACCUCAUAUUCCAAUUCAUCAGAUUAUAAUAAGAAUUUAAAUAGUGGAGAUAAAGUUAUUGAAGAUUUUUCUAUUAUGAUUAUAUCAGAUAAUGAAGAGGGGUCUGAAAGAAUAAAAGAAAAUGGCUGUUAUAAGAAUGAUAGUAACUGCGAAACAGUUGGUAAUGGAAAUAAAAUAACAAGUAAGAGUAAGAGUAGGAGCAAGAGUAGGAGUAGGAGGAAAAGCAGAGCUAUUAAAAGUAGAGAUAAGAGCAGUGGUAGAAAUUCCAACACAAUGGGUAGUAAAGAUAAAAAAAUUGAUAAAUUUCGAAGUGUUAAGGAGAUUAAUGAGGAAGGAAAAGAAAUUGAGAUUAUUUUGUUAGAUGAAGAAGAAUCAGAAGAAGGAAAAGGGAGAAAAGAUAGCGCAAUUAUUGGAGAUAGAGAGAGUAAGGAAAAAAGAAGUGAGUAUAGACCUGAGUUUUCAUUUAACACUAUAUCAUCAGAGAUUCAAUUUGAGAAAAACAUAGCGCCUUUAAGAGCCAAAGGGAAAAGCAUGAAUGAAGUCGAGAAUUUUGAAUUAAGAUUGAAUAAAAAAGAUGACAGAAAAGAUAAGGGGGAAUAUUCGACUAUUAUUGAGCAUAGCGAUGAAAGCUCAUCGAUGUAUUGUGAAGAUAGUAAUAUGGAUGAAUAUGGUGAUUUUUCACAUUCAUCAACAAUAAUCUCUGCUAUUAAUUCUGUUUACGGAAAAAGUAUUAAAAAAUUGGGGUUUUUGAAUGUUGAACAAAUGUGUAAAGAGACUGACGAGCCAUUAGAGGAAAUUAUUGAUAUGUUGCAAAAAAAUGAGAAGAAGAUGGGCAAGAAGAAUAGAGAGGGCAGAAAUGAGACACAUUCACCACUGAUCUUUUCAACAAGGUGAGAUACAAUAGAAUAAGAAGAGUAAUUUUUUAAAGAAGCGGAAUUGCUUUAUUCAUUUUUGGAAUUCUGAUAAAUAGAAAAUACAUUCCAGUAUGCUAUACAAAGGAGAAAAUUAAUUUGAACAAUAAUAGUUUUUAUUUCAUCUGUGG